CCCCCCCCCCCCACAAUCAACAGAGUCAUAAAAGGACCAGCUAUUUUCACUCCAUCUAAGACAAUUUCAACCUCCCAAAAACGCCUCGUUGACUCAUCUGCCACCUCCACUAGCGACUCGCGAUGACUCAACCGAACCCCUACAUUCUAGCUGCGGACAACCCCACUGCGCUUCUGACUCUUCUGCGCUCGAAUCCUACCAUCGCCUCGGGCCAGGACGAACACGGAUACUCUUUGCUGCACGCUGCGGCCUCAUACGGACACAUUGAGCUUCUUCGCGCGCUAGUAAAGGAAUUCCAUGUGGAUGUCAGCCUGCUAGACGAGGACGGCGAAACCUGUCUCUUUGUCACCGAGAAUGUCGACAUUGCCAAAUGCCUUGUUGAAGAGCUAGGUGUGGAUUACAACCGGACGAACGAGGAAGGUUUCACGGCACAGGAGAGCAUCGAGGGUGACGGCUCUUUCCCCCAGGUUGCUGCAUACCUCCGACAAGUAGCUGGCAUACCGGGCACCAUGCCCGAUGCCUUGUCACCCGAAAACGCGCUGAACCCGGCUCCACCGCUACCUCCAAAUAUCCAGGUAAAUCUAGGGACAAUGUCGGAGCAGGAGGCGAGCGCAGGAGUCAGUGAGGUGGAUCCGGAAUUUAAACGCCGCAUCGAUGAGCUUGCUGCUCGGGAGGAUUUCCACAGCGAAGCAACCCAAAGCCAACUUCGGCAGCUUGUCAUGGAUGCAAUCCAGGGGUCCAACAUUGAUACACAGGAUAAGGAAGUGCGGAGAAGGGUGGAAUAAUUAAAUACACGAGAGUUGGAAAGUCACGAGAAACGAAUAUAAGAUGUAUACACCUUGGCAUGCAUUCUAUUCUAUUCGUACAGGGAUACGGCCAUGCCCAAGUUCGGUUUGAUGAGGCCGAAUUAAAGAUUCAAUCAUGGUAAACCGGGUGACCAGCUGUACUGUUUGCCUAGUAUGGUGAAUCUAUCUCAAUGGCUAUGGGUUAUGCUAGGUCGGAUCCUGGAUAUAGCACCGCAGUCGACAUCCCACGAAACAUCCAUCUACCAUUUCCUUACAGGAUUUAUAGUGCUCAUAGUCUCAGCAAGGAAUUGAACUAAUUCGAGGCGUAUUUCACAAAAUGUAAUUAGAGGCUGUAUCGCUGUAUACAACCCUACCUCUGCUAUACAGCACGC